AACAGAUGUCCGGAGCUCUUCCCUCACAUCUGACCAGAGAAAGUUUGAACUCUCGCUGCCUCAGGAAAGAUGCUGAUGUAGAGGAACAGACCGCAAGCUGAAACGUAUAUAUAAAAAAGUCAAGAGCAGAGAGACAAGAUGACGGCCAUCGAGAGUAAAGAAGAGAUCAGCGACACGGACAGUGGGAUUAUCCUAAACUCCGGUAAGGACUGUGCUAACAGAUGUCCACUGAAGCACCAAUCUCUGGAGGAGCGUUUGGAGAUCUGCCUGCUGGAGCUCCGAAAACUCUGCAUCAGGGAGGCAGAGCUGACAGGUGUACUGCCCUCAGACUAUCCAAUGAUGCCAGAUGAGAAGCCACCACGUGUUCGGAGGAGAAUUGGUGCUUCAUUCAAGCUGGAUGAAGGUCUGAUCCAUCUAGAUAAACAGGACUCAGAGUUGCAAGCGCUAGAAACUGAAUUGGCCCUUCAGCGGCAGAUUUUUGAGGCGGCCCGCAAACUCUCGCAGGAGGAGAACCUCAGCAAGCCACAGAAGAAGGGCCGGCUGCAGCAGUGCAAGAGGGAGGAGAAGAAAGUGAAGGAACUGCAGCAGGCCGUGUUCCAGCAUAGAAUCAAGAGUGAGUGCAACUCACCAAGCGUCAGCAGCCAGAACAAAGAUCUGUGCAUGUCUGAUGACAGCUCACUGUCCGAUGUGGUGGCGCUGGAUGAUGAUGUGGACAUAUCCAGCCCCCUUUCACCUCCAGUGUUGGACGCUUCAUAUUCAGAUCCCCUUCAGCUGUCAGCCCAGACUGUGCAGACAUCGCACCAGUCCUCAAGCGAGCUCAGUGUGGAGCACGAGCCCGCUCCCAUCCAGAAUUCCCCUUGGAAGGAGUCCAGUCUGGACCAUCCUUACCAAAAGGCCACCAAACCUCAGUCUGCCUGCAGCAGCAGGUCCAGUAGCCCAGCAGCAGCCCAGGUGUCUGCAGAGAGCAUCAGGAUUCCUCUCACUCAGUUUGUCAAAAACUCUGCCCUGCGUCACAGCAGCUCCACCAGCGCCCCCUCCACCCCGGAGCUGUUCAUACGCCGGCAGUACUCCCAGUCCUUCAGACUUCCAAAAAGAAAGCCAUCUGACGUGGAGCGUUUCAGCUCAGAGAGCAGUCGAGGUCGAGCUAGGCUGCCCCAGCGACGCUGCGGUUCAGGUAACGUGGUUCUCCAGAGGGCUGUAGACGGGACUCCCCUUCAGUGGUUUGUCGCCGAGGAUGCUGAGAUUGUGAGCCAGGUGUAGCUGACACGCCUAAAACCUCCU